AUGGCCAUGGACAGCCUCCUGAUGAAGCAGAAGAAAUUCCUCUACAAUUUCAAGAACCUACGCUGGGCCCGGGGCCGCCAUGAGACCUACCUCUGCUAUGUGGUAAAACGUCGGGAUAGCGCCACCUCCUGCUCCUUGGACUUCGGAUACCUGCGCAACAAAUCGGGUUGCCACGUGGAGAUGCUCUUCCUGCGUUACAUCUCUGCCUGGGACCUGGAUCCUGGACGCUGCUACCGAGUCACCUGGUUCACCUCAUGGAGCCCCUGCUAUGACUGCGCCCGGCAUGUGGCUGACUUCCUGCGUGCCUACCCCAACCUGACACUGCGCAUCUUUGCCGCCCGGCUGUACUUCUGUGAGGACCGCAAUGCUGAGCCUGAGGGGCUGAGACGCCUGCACCGGGCUGGGGUCCAGAUCGCCAUCAUGACCUUCAAAGAUUACUUCUACUGCUGGAACACCUUCGUGGAGAACCGGGAGAGGACCUUUAAAGCUUGGGAGGGGCUGCAUGAAAACUCUGUCCGUCUGUCCAGGAGACUCCGGCGGAUCCUCUUGCCACUGGAUGAGGUGGACGAUUUACGAGAUGCCUUCAAAAUCCUGGGACUUUGAGGUGGGCAGGAGUGAAGCUCACAGCCAGUCAGAAGACUCUGGAAACACACUGGUCCUACAAUGUCUCUCUUUCUCUCCCACUCACACUUUCUCCCCUUCCUUCUUUCCAUCCCUCCCUCCAGUCUUAAAUCCUCAUGUCCUGAGAAAAGACCUUUCUUACUUCCCUUCCAAGGAAAAUUAGAAUGACCCACUAAAGACAGAAUUCUCCUGCAGUCUCACUCCAUCCAGCACUACAGCCUUGCUUGGGGAAGCCAGGACUGGAGUGAAAG